AUGGGCUCCAGCUCGUUAUCAAGAACACAGGUCAUGACUACCUUGGUCGAAGCUCAGGAUCAAACGCGUUGGCUCUCUGAGCGCAACUUUAUUCCCGAGGGCUGUACAGAAUCCGUUGGGAAUGUGGUCACAUUUGGAGCCGGUCAGCAAUUCCAUGGUAUUUAUGAAUUCGCCUCUCAACACAACAUUCGGAUUGUAGGGGGAACCGGUCUGACUGUCGGGGCAUCUGGCGGUUGGAUCACGGGCGGUGGUCAUAGCAUAUUAUCAAAUGAGCUCGGACUUGGAAUCGACAAUGUUUACCAGAUGCGCGCCAUCCUCCCAAAUGGAACCCUCAUCACUGCUACACGUUGUCAAAAUACCGAACUCUUUUUCGCGUUGAGAGGCGGCGGUGGUAGCACCUUCGGCAUUGUGAUGGAAACCAGUAUCCUUGCACAUCAGGAAAGGCCCAUGGAGAUGAUAUCUCUCACCUUGGGUAAUGAAGAGCAGCAUGUUGCGGAAUCAUUCAUCCAAACCAUGGUGAACAAUGCCGAGCGUUGGGCACACGAAGGUUGGGGCGGAUUUUUCCAACCGGGAAUGUACAAAAGUCAGCCAAUAAUCGUGAUCAUGGCGACAUCUAUGCUUGACCAUCUGCAGGCAAGAGCGUCGAUGAAGCCAAUUCUGGAAUUUGCACAUCAGUUCGGUGCAUCGACAUCUUUGAACAUGACUACAUUUCCUACCUUCGGCAAGUUCAUGGAGAACAUAAGCAAGCUCGACAGUAUGUCUCUGAACAAUGAUCAGAUACCGGUUUCCAUGUCGUCACGAAUAAUUCCUCGUCACAAUUUUCAAGAGAGAAGUGGAAGAGAUAAGCUGACCAGAGCGCUCAACGAUAUUAUGCUCACAUCAGAAUCGAAUAUCAAUUCUUCGGCCUCAAUUCCUGCUGUACUUGUUUGUCUCACGACUCCAUUCAAAUACUCAAAGCAUCUACCCGAGCUAGAUCAAAAGGGACGACCCGGAUACUCAUCCGUGACACCAGCAUGGCGUGAUGGGUUAUGGCACGUUGUGCAUAAACGGACUUGGGGUGAUGACGAAACACCUUCUGGUGUGGCAAACAUUUGGAAGAAAACAAGCCAUGCCAUGGAUCCAAUGCGAAACCUGACGCCGGGGGGAGGUGCUUAUCAGAAUGAAGCAGACGCGUUCGAGCCAGAUUCGGUCACCGCAUUUUGGGGACAGGAGAACUACGACCGACUACUCAAAAUAAAGCGGGAAGUGGACCCAGAAAAUAUUUUUACGGGGCAUCAAGGGGUAGGCUGGGAUCGACAAAAUCCGCGAUACGAUUGUUAUCCACGAUAG